AUGCGUGUGGGGUUAUUAUGGACUAUAAGUGAUUAUCCUGGACUAGCGAUGCUAUCAGGAUGGAGUACCAAAGGCAAGUUGGCAUGUCCAACGUGUCAGGAAGAUACACGGCAUCAGAGGUUGAAGCAUGGAAGAAAAACCUGCUACAUGGGACACCGACGCUUCUUGCCAAUGGGUCACAGGUUUCGCUCUCUAACGAAGGAAUUCAAUGGUAAUGUGGAAUACGGUUCACCACCAAACCCAUUGUUAGGGCCAGAUAUCUUGCAGAAGCUAAAACACAUUCCACAUGUAUUUGGCAAACAGUUUGAGGAUAGUCUGAUGGGUGAUCGUCCACGCAAGAGAAAAGAACGAGCAUCAAAUACAGCUACGAGUAACAUGCCGGGCAAUUGGAAGAAAUUUAGUAUUUUUUAUGAACUGCCGUACUGGGCAGAUAAUGUACUCAAACACAAUUUAGAUGUCACGCACACUGAGAAGAAUGUGUGCGAUAGCGUUAUUGGUACUCUGCUGGAUAUGGAUAAGAAAGCCAAGGAUGGUCUAAAGGCAAGGUUAGAUCUUCAGCUCCUAAAUCUCAGACCUGAGCUUCACCCAAUUAUGACUGCAAAUGGGAAGAAAUUCUUCUUACCAAAUGCAUGUUACUUUAUGGAUAAUGCUAAAAAGGAGAUGUUCCUUAGUGUCUUGAAGAACUUGAAGACCCUAGAUGGUUACUCUUCACUCAUUGCAAGAUGUGUGAAUAUGAAACAACGUAAGAUUUUUGGAUUAAAGAGUCAUGAUUCACAUGUGAUAAUGCAACAGCUAUUGCUUUUGGCAAUUCGAAAGACGUUGCCAGAUAGAGUUAGUUCUGUGUUAAUUGAGUUAAGUUCAUUCUUCCAAGAACUAUGCUCCAAGAAUUCACGGCCUAAAGACUUCAAAGAAUUGGAAAAGCGCAUCGCACUCAUUCUCUGUAACUUGGAGAAGAUAUUUCCUCCUGCCUUCUUUGACAUUAUGGUACACUUGCUUAUCCAUUUGCCAACAGAGGCGCGUAUUGGUGGACCUGUUCAGUAUCGAUGGAUGUACCCGAUUAAAAGGUAUUUGUACACUCUCAAGAAAUAUGUCAGGAAUAAAGCUCAUCCGGAGGGAUCCAUUGCUGAAGGAUAUUUGGCUGAUGAAUGUGUGACAUUUUUGUCGAGGUACCUCAAAGAUGUAGAGUCACGAAUAAACAGACAAGUUAGAUACGUGGAUGAUACACACAUUAUGAAGGCUGCGCGGAUUGUUCUAAGUGGCAAUCAAAAAAAGUUAUUGCACGACUAUAUCCUUUUCAAUGAUGCUAACGUGGAUACAUACGCAGAGCAACACAAGGCCACUCUGGCUAUGUUACACCCUAAAAUGAAUCAACGUCAGCGCCAACGGAAACACAAAAAUGAGUUUGCUGAUUGGUUCAGGGACCAUAUCAUGUUACUUGGUCAAGCUAAAUUACCAUUUGCAGAAGGAUUGGACGUGCUAGCUGAAGGUCCAUUCACAACUGCGAGACGAUUCACCGGUUAUACUACUCGUGGUUAUAGCUUCAGAACAGUCAGUAAGGAUUCUAGAGCAAAGACACAGAACAGUGGUAUUGUAGUAGAGUCAACAGCACCUUUCUAUAGAAAUGCAGCGGAUCAGAACCCGAACAAUGAUACUGAGCUCACAUAUUAUGGACAAGUUAAAGACAUAAUUGAGCUGACUUAUAGACAAGGCCGUAAAUUUGUAUUAUUCGAGUGUGACUGGUUUGAUGUUGUUAGUGGAUCAGGCUAG